AAAGAAAGAAAGAAACUAAAAAAGAAAAUCCUAAAACUCUUCCACCAAAGUAGGCAGUCUUCAUACGGAUUCUCAUGACUAAUGCAGUCAUGAGUUUGGUUGACUAAGCCACCCAAAAUCUUCAUUCACUUAACCCUUUAAAUUCCCUUCUCAAACUCUUCUUUUUUCUCAUCCACUCUUGCUACUUCUACUGCUCCAAGUUUUUUAAACUUCUUUCACCUUCAUCAACUACCCUUUUCUCCAUUCCCAUAUCUCUUCUAAUAGAAGAGAUAAAACAGAAAAAAGAGAAAGAUGAAUCACUCAUCUAAAGCUAACAUCUCUGUCAUCAUUAGAUGCUUUAUCAUCUUACUCUUAACCUGCUUAUCUGUUAAGAUAAGCCUUUGUUUCUCCAACACUCUUCCACUCAAAACACUUGUGCUUGAUGGGCAUUUGAGUUUUGAUGAAGUUCAUCAUGCAGCCAAGGAUUUUGGCAACAGGUUUCAGUUCCUCCCAGCAGCUGUUCUUCAUCCCAAAUCGGUAUCUGACAUAGCCAUUACUGUCAAGCAUAUUUGGGGAAUGGGCACCAGCUCAGAGCUGACUGUUGCAGCCAGAGGCCAUGGCCACUCUCUCCAAGGCCAGUCACAAGCUCAUAGAGGUGUGGUCAUCAACAUGGAGUCUCUCAAAAACUCUGAUAUGCAUAUUCACACAGGGAAAUUCCCUUAUGUUGAUGUUUAUGGUGGUGAGCUUUGGAUAAACAUACUGCACGAGACUUUGAAAUUUGGCUUGACACCAAAAUCGUGGACAGACUAUCUUCAUCUGACCGUUGGUGGUACUCUGUCCAAUGCUGGGAUCAGUGGACAGGCAUUUAGACAUGGUCCCCAGAUCAGCAAUGUCCAUCAACUAGAAGUUAUUACAGGUAAAGGAGAGGUGGUAAAUUGUUCAAAGGAAGAGAAUGGUGACCUGUUUAACAGUGUUCUUGGUGGACUUGGCCAGUUUGGCAUCAUAACCCGAGCAAGGAUAUCUUUGGAGCCAGCUCCUGCAAUGGUCAAAUGGAUUAGAGUACUCUACUCAGAUUUUGAAACGUUUACAAGAGAACAGGAGAGUCUGAUAUCAGCUGAGAACACUUUUGAUUAUAUUGAAGGGUUUGUGAUCAUUAACAGGACUGGACUCUUAAACAAUUGGAGAUCAUCUUUCAAUCCCCAGGACCCUGCUCAGGCUGGCCAGUUCAACUCAGAUGGAAAAACUCUUUUCUGUCUAGAAUUGGUCAAGUACUUCAACCCGGGCAACAUAGAUAUGGUAAAUCAGGAAGUGGAGAAAAUGUUAGCCAAACUAAGCUAUAUCUCAUCAACACUCUUCAUAUCAGAUGUCAGUUAUGUGGAUUUCCUGGACAGGGUUCAUGUAUCUGAAGUCAAAUUAAGGUCAAAAGGGUUGUGGGAAGUACCACAUCCAUGGCUUAAUCUUCUGAUACCCAGAAGCAAAAUCCAAACUUUUGCUGAAGAAGUAUUUGGCAAUAUCAUAACUCAGACAAGCAAUGGUCCAGUCCUCAUCUACCCAGUCAACAAAUCAAAGUGGGACAACAGAACAUCUGUAGUUAUCCCAGAAGAAGAUAUCUUCUACUUGGUGGCAUUCCUUACCUCAGCUGUUCCCUCAUCAACAGGAACAGAUGGCUUAGAACAUAUUCUAACACAGAACAAGAGAAUUCUGGAGUUUUGUGAAACUGCCCAUCUUGGAGUAAAGCAGUACCUACCCCAUUAUGCCACUCAGAAAGAAUGGAGAGCCCACUUUGGGCCACAAUGGGAUGUUUUUUCCCAGAGAAAAUCAGCUUAUGACCCUUUAGCCAUAUUUGCUCCUGGCCAAAGAAUAUUUCAAAAAGGCAACAGUAGACAAUUCUCAUGACAACUGCCAAAGCCUUGGACUUUAAUAAAAAAGAAAGAAAGAAAGAAAGAAGAUGACCUUGGUGGUGGGCUGUGGUUUUAGCCGCAAACACUGUUAAACUUAAACUUAUUAUAAUUAUUAGCUAGUUGAGAUUUUGUAAAGGGGUCAAGUGCGUAUCAAUCAUAGUUGGAAAAGGGACUGGACAACAGCCGUCCUUCCUAGAGAGGAUGUAAAUAAAUACCACAUAUAUAUAUAUAUAUAUAUCAUUUUUGUAAAGUUUAAUAACAAGUAUUAAUGUGUCAAUUUCUAUACUUUCUAAAUAUACCA